UAAAUGUGCAGGGGUUGCUGUACGGGGGCGCGUGUGCUUUAAGCAGUUCUCCGGUCCCGGGCGCUCCGGACACCCACGUCAGCAAAACGUUUUUUCCAGCACAAACGGGUUUCGGUCUUUCGGGCAAAGCAGGAAGUGAAAGCCGUUCGCCCUGAUAACAAAAGCUGGAAAAAUACAUCCAAAGUCGGCAGAGAAAUGGAGAUGGUGUGUGAAAGUGGGACAUGUCGACCGUACCGGAGCGCGGGUGACGCGGGGCAUCUGCCUGUUAACAAAUGGACCAGUGCAGACAUGUCAGCCAUUCACCAGAGCUGUCUGCUCAAGCAGCUGGACCAGCAGAGAAAGCAGGAGCUGUUCUGUGACUGCAGUGUUAUGGUGGAGGGCCAGAUUUUCCAUGCACACCGGAACGUCCUGUAUGGCAGCAGCGGAUAUUUCCGGAUGCUCCUGACUCAGGGAGCCAAAGACACCCUUGACUCUGUAAGUGCCUCUUUCGACGUCUUCAGCCCCGAUAUCUUCACCAUCAUCCUGGACUUCAUUUACUCCGGUCAGCUGGAGCUCAACAGCUCAAACGUCAUCGAGGUGAUGUCAGCUGCGAGCUACCUGCAGAUGAACGACGUCAUUUCCUACUGCAAAGCCUUCAUCAAGUCAUUCCUCGAGAUCAGCACGAAAGAGGAAGAUGAGAAUCGGUAUCUGUGUUUGUCUGAGAACAGCUCUCUUCAGGACAGACGUGAGAGCACUAUUGAGCCGUCCAACAUGUGUGAUGUCAGCAUGAGUUCUCAGAGCCGACUGUGGGACGAGGAGCAGGAAGAUGAUCAGCCGCAGGAGGACUUUGGAGGGACGAGCCCGCAGCCGUCAGGACUUCAGCACAACUCUCCUGCACAGUCCAGCCUGGAGGAGCAGUACAGCUCAGUGCUCCCUGAACGCAGGAGGAGGGGGAGCAGGAAGAGGACGGCCUCCAGUCGCCUGGUGGCAGAAGACACUUCCCUCAUUGACCUGCAGGGGGUGGUGUCACACUGCUCGCAGAAAGCAGAUGAGCUCUAUGCCAACCUGCCCUCCAUUGUUGGGGUGGUCGGGAUGUUUAACAAAGAUGCCACUCCCUCUAUGCGCUACAAAUGCCCGUUCUGCACUCAUACAGUAAAGAGAAAGGCAGAUCUGAAGCGUCACCUCCGCUGUCACACAGGUGAGCGUCCGUAUCCCUGUCAGGCCUGCAGCAAACGCUUCACCCGCCUGGAGCACCUGCGCAGCCACUUUGAGACGAUUCAUCAGGCCCGUAAGCUGGUCUGCAGGAAGUGUAAGCGGCAUGUAACUGAAGUCAGUGGACGUGUGGUCAGUGAAGGGACCCGCAAAUACAGGCUGUGUGACGUUUGCAUUCAGGAGAGCGGCUACAAUGAUUUAAUCACAGAUGAAACGGAUGGAAAUGAGGACAAGGAAGGACUAUUGUUGGGUGUGGAAGAGGACAUAAGUGAAAACAGGCAAAUUACAUGGGUCAUGGAUGAUGAUGAUCUGGCUGAAGAUUCUGGAGCCGAUCUCAUAAUCCAGGAAGUGGACGACAGCGACGAGGAAGCAAGUGGAAAGUGAUGAUUGAUUUGUGUGUGAUUGUGUGAAUGGGCAGAGCUGCCUUAUUGGCGGUUUAAGGUCUGUUAAAAUUUCAUAAGGGAAACUAUGUGCGUUUUUUGUACAAAUACAAACACUUUGUCUUUUAAAAUAUAUAUGAAAUAUUAAAAUAUUACUGCUUUUAUAAAAGUACAAGUAUAUUUCUGUAAUUGAAAGUAUAUUUAGCUUAUUUCAAUAAGGCUUUUAUGGGCAAGAUGACAGUGUGAUCAGUUAAUGUUGAUCCAGAGCUGAUCUAAUGGAACUUUUAUCUGUAAUUCUUCCAGAUUUCUAGCUUUGACUUCAGUUUUCAUACUUUAGUCAAUGCCAGGGGAUUUACAUAUAUGAUUUUAUGUAUUAAGCUGCAUGGAGUCCAGGCGACCUACUUUUUGUGAUGUGUAACAGACUCAUUUAUUUAUUUUCAACAAAACAAAUGAUCAGUCACAGGCCAAACAUAAACAGCAUCUAAAUAAAAUAUUGUAUAUAUGAA